AUGCAGAUACGAGAGACAUUGAAUUAACCAACCAAACAAACGUGGGGCAAAGAUAUUGAGACGAGGGGUGAGGAUUCCUGCAGGACCAAAAUUGUCACCGGCGAAGUCGAUUCACUGAUGCCUUCUAAAGGUGCACGAGUCCCACAUGUUGACACCGACUUGGAGGCAGGGAAACAAGCCAUGACCGAAGAAGCUGAAAUGGCACGGAGACGCAGGUGGAGCAGAAGUGUCCUCAUCUCCAAGGUCCGUGAUCCAGUCCGUGCCGGCGACGUCAACAGCUACACUCCACACUCCGUGCCUAUCGGCCCUUACCAUGCGAGUUGCUCGUCCCCACGGAUUGAAAAGGAGAAGCUGUGCUGUGUAGGAUUCUUUCAGAGCCUCUCCGAGGACCAAACCAAAGGUGGUCUUACGGGUCUAGCGGAGAAACUGGAGCCCCUAGCGAGGGCUUGCUACCCCGAUGGUGUUGGCCACAUGACGCCGGAAGAGCUGUCGACAAUGUUGCUACGUGAUGGGUGCUUCCUCCUCGCUUGCAUGGUGGACUAUGCCGACAAUAAGUUAGCACAUAGCUCAACAAGUAAAGACAGAGACCCGGCGCAAACAGUAGGGGGAGAUGUCCAAGACGGCGGCUCAUUUAGCGGCGGCGACAACAACACCGUCGUCCGCGACACCGUCUUCCUCGUUGAGAACCAGAUACCUUUCUUCGUGCUACAGAAGAUCCAUGAGCGCGUCACAGGUGAUACCACCAGCUCCGCCCUCGAAUCCAUAGCAGAUUAUGUCCAGGAGGUGCUGCAGGUACAGCUCUACAUCAGCAAGCACCGGCGGCCGGCUCCGCCUCUGACGCCGCCGACGCUCCAUCUGCUGCACUUAUUGCACUUCUACUUGCAGCCAACUAGUCCACCUCCGGCCAUGGAAGAGAACGCUGCACGCCCUCGCACGGGUCGGUGGCGCCGCGCGACGGAGUACUGCAAGUACGGCAACGUGCGGUUCAAGCGUCGGGUCUUCCAGGACAAUGAGAAGUGGACCUUCCUCGACGUGCGCCUUCAAGGAGGCACGCUGUGGGUCCCCCGCCUGCGGGUUGAUAACAUGACGUGGACGGUCCUGCGAAACCUGAUGGCGCUGGAGGAGCAGAUCUCCCGGAGACCUGUCACGGCGUACUGCCUCUUCAUGUCGCAGGUGGCAGGCACGGUGGAGGACGUGAAGCUCUUGGUUCACUCAGGGAUCGUGGAACACUUCCUCGCCAGCGACGAGCAGGUCGCUCAAGACUUCGCCGACCUCUGCAAGGGAGUGGUCAUGGACGUCGACAACAUCGACAGGAACUACCUCAUGCCCAUGUGGCACGAGAUGCAGGAGCGCUGCGAGAACCGCGUGCACAGGUUCAUGGGAUGGUUCUGCCAGUUUAAGAACUUAGUGAUCAUCAUCGUACUACUAGUGGCUCUCAUCAUCAUCGCAUGUCAAGUGACGCAAACGUUCUAUGCAGUUAGCUCUAGCCGCGGCGGACAACCACCAAAACAUUAGUGUCAGUUUAGGCCCCCUUUGGAGCAAAGGAAAACCAUAGGAAUUUUGAAGGAUUUCGAUCCUAUAUGAAAAUUUCCUAUGUGACCCUUUGGAACAAAGGAUUGCACCCUAUAAAUUCCUUGGAAUUCUUAUGGGAUGCAUGAAUCCAUAGGAAUUCUGAAGGACCUUAUGAAAACUUUCCUGUAUGUGUGUUUAUGUGUGUGUCUCUGGAGGACCUUAUGAAAACUUUCCUGUAUGUGUGUUUAUGUGUGUGUCUCUCUCGAUUCGAAUUCCUGUGUUUUUCCUGUGUUGUAUCCAAAGGCUACUACAUAAACUUUCCUGCAUUUUGAAUUCAUGUAGUAUUGCAAGUUUCAUGUAACCCUAUUUUUUCUCAUUUGUACGUUUUGGGAAUCAUAUGUUCCAAAGAGGCCCUUACUCAUCAGUUGUAUGCGCUGCUAGCCCCUAA